CUGAAUACAAUCAAUUUAUAUAGCAUAAAUACCUUUAAAGUACCACAGUUCUCGUCAUAUUUGCAUUUUCAAGCUCAAAUAUUUAAGCUUUGGAAUCGACCAGAAUCUAGUCAUUUCAAUUUCCAAGUGCUAUAUCCUGCCAUCCAGAAACAUCCAUUCAGGAAUUAUGGGAGAGACAAAGGUGAGUUCAACAAGCAAAGGUACUGAUAGAAUCCAACACCUUAAGCUGAUUCAUCCUGCAUUUCCAAAGUUCUUCAAACAAGCCCCUCAAAGACUGCAGAAUUUUUUCAAGUCACAUCUUAGAGGACCAGGGAAAGCAGGGGAGGGAAAGGAUGUACCUCAGCAGAUUGUCAGGAAGGAGCAGAAAACUUCGACUGAUUGGGAGGCUGAUCUGCAGAAGCAGCUGCAACUUUGGCGAGCAGAUCCCUAUUGGGGUGAUCAAGAUCAACCUCCUGAAAUAAAUGUUACGGUACCUACAGGAUCACUUUGCAACUUGCAUGUAAAAUUCGAUGUUGGGUUGCCACCAGAUGCAGUGUACAACAUUGUCAUUGAUCCUGAUAGUAAGAGGGUCUUCCGAAACAUCAAGGAGGUCAUAUCGAGGAAGGUGUUGGUUGAUGAUGGCUCUAGACAAGUGGUCGAAGUGGAACAAGCAGCUAUAUGGAAGUUUCUUUGGUUGUCGGGAACAAUUGCAGUCCAUGUCUUAGUAGAUCAAAACAGGGAGGAUCAUUCGAUGAAGUUCAAGCAGAUUAACACGGGAUUUAUGAAGAAGUUUGAAGGUUGCUGGAGAGUGGAUCCGGUAUUUGUUGAUGAGAAAAUGUGCUCCCCGUUUAAACCCAAAACUAUGUCAGAUUAUCGCUCAUGUACAGGAGGGAAAGGAAGGAUUGGAUCAAGAGUUGUCUUGGAGCAACUGCUUCAACCAGCUAUCGUUCCACCCCCUCCCAUUGCAUGGUAUCUUAGGGGAAUCACUUCAAAGACCUCGGAGGCGCUGAUGAACUAUCUGCUUGAAGAGGUUGCACGGAUUAAGGGUAUACCACAAGCAACGGGUUCAGGUGGAGAUGAGAAGUCUGUUCAGAAAAUCCCUCAUGAACUGAAGGUAGAUGAAGUGCGUGACAUUAAGAAAAGAUGGGCUUCGCGGAGGAAAAACGCUUUGCAACACCGAAAGAAGUAGCAGGUGUAUGUUUCUUAGCAUGAAAGUUUUGUACAAUCUUGUUUGUUUAAUUGUACAAUAUAGCAUUUAAUACAUCAAAUCACUGUGAGAUGUAAAGAUUCAUCAAUAUUAAUGAAGAAUUUGGAAAAAAGUUGAGCGGAGGUUUCAUGACUUUGAUAAUAUUUUCCCAUCGUCUUUUAGCCUAUCCCGAAAAAGAGAAAUUAUUCCAUCGAUACGUUUCGCUGCAGUAUCCAAUGUGUUGUAUAGUCUUCUGUUGAACGCAGUAAAACCAUUGAAUCCUGCAACGUUAACAGACAAUUUUUUUUCCAACAGAUGUUCUUUGAAGAAUUUAAAAGCGUAUGUAUAUAAUGGUGUUGUACUGUAGAACAAGGAUUCACAUAAAUUGCUUAUGUACAAAACGUUGAAGUGUUACCUCUUUGUUCAAUAUCAAGAAAGAAGAAAAUAAAACUUACAAAUCUUCCCCUGCACAACCCCCUCCCCACCUAACUUUAAAUAUUGAAUGUUGAUAUGAAGAAAAACGCUAACGGUAUAUUACACGAACAAGGCUCGGCUAAUUAAAUCACAAAGGCAAACAAAUAAUUUGCCACAUUGUACCUCAAAAUCAGGUUCAGGUCAAUUUCAUGGUAUCGCUACCACAUACACUGUAAUUAAUGCUUUCAGCAUCUGUGGAUUCCCGAAUCAUGACAUUCGGCUUUUGUUCGAUCUGAGGGAGGGGUGAUGCUGCAGGUGAUUGUUCAGUUAGAUGGUGGGCCAUUAAGUUACCAAGGCCAUGCUUCUCAUAGCUCUUGAAUGCACCCAA